AUGCAGUCGCAACACGAUAUGACUGAUACACGGACGAAGCUCGUUAAUCGCCUUGGACAGAGCAGGUCGCCAUAUGUCAGGGCGCACAUGAACAACCCUGUGGCAUGGCAACUUUGGGAUGUCCAGUCGAUCGAACUGGCCAAAAAGCAAAAUCGUUUGAUCUUUCUCAGUAUUGGAUACUCUGCUUGUCAUUGGUGUCAUGUUAUGGAGAAGGAGUCGUUCAUGUCCCCCGAGGUGGCAGCUAUCCUGAACGACUCCUUUGUGCCAAUCAAGGUUGAUCGGGAAGAACGACCGGAUAUUGAUGACAUCUACAUGAAUUAUGUCCAAGCCACGACAGGAUCCGGCGGUUGGCCCUUAAAUGUCUUCCUCACUCCAGAUUUAGAGCCCGUUUUCGGCGGCACUUACUGGCCUGGCCCAAACUCCACUACUCUUCAGGGUCCAGAUGGUAUUGGCUUCGUGGAAAUCUUAGAGAAGCUACGGGAUGUUUGGGUGACACAACAGCAGCGCUGCCUUGAAAGUGCGAAGGAUAUCACAAAACAGCUGCGAGAGUUUGCCGAAGAAGGAACCCAUUCACAGCAUACAGCACGCGAAACAGACGAGGACCUCGACCUUGAAUUACUGGAAGAGGCCUACCAGCAUUUCGCAUCCCGAUAUGAUUCCAUCAACGGCGGAUUUGGCCGAGCGCCUAAAUUUCCUACGCCUGCCAAUCUCAGCUUCCUUCUUCGACUUGGUACAUACCCCAACCAGGUGGUCGACAUCGUGGGACAGGAUGAGUGUGAAAAGGCGACCGCUAUGGCUGUGACAACAUUAGUGAAUAUGGCUCGUGGUGGUAUUCGCGAUCACAUUGGCCACGGCUAUUCUCGGUAUAGUGUCACGGCAGACUGGGGCCUACCCCAUUUUGAGAAAAUGCUGUAUGACCAGGCACAACUGCUUGAUGUCUAUGUAGACGCAUUUAAAAUCACCCACGAUCCCGAAUUGCUUGGCGCGAUUUAUGACCUGGCCACCUACUUAACGACCGAACCCUUGCAAUCGCCAACCGGAGGGUUUUUUUCAUCUGAGGACGCCGAUAGUUUUCCCAACCCGAACGAUACGGAGAAACGAGAAGGUGCAUUCUACGUUUGGUCGUUGAAGGAGCUCACACAAGUCUUGGGUCCCCGCGACGCUCCGGUGUGUGCUCGUCAUUGGGGUGUGUUGCCUGAUGGAAACGUCCCUGCCGAGUAUGAUCCGCAUGAUGAGUUUAUGAAUCAGAACGUGUUGUCGGUUCGAGAGACACCGAGCAAGCUCGCAAAAGACUUCGGUCUGAGUGAGGAGGAGGUCGUGAAGAUCAUCAAGGGCGGGAAGCAAAAGCUGCGUGAUCACCGUGAGAAAACAAGGGGUAGACCAGAUCUAGACGAUAAGAUCAUCGUUGGCUGGAACGGUCUGGCGAUCGGCGCCCUUGCCAAGUGCAGUGUUCUAUUUGAGGAAAUCGAGAGCUCGAAGGCCGUUCAAUGUCGUGAGGCCGCCGCCCGGGCAAUCAAUUUCAUCAAAAAUAAUCUCUUCGACAAGCCCAAUGGCAAGCUGUGGCGUAUCUACCGGGACGGUAGCCGUGGGGAUACCCCAGGAUUCGCCGAUGAUUAUGCAUACUUCACCAGUGGCUUGUUGGACAUGUAUGAGGCUACUUUUGACGAUAGCUACCUACAGCUUGCAGAGCGCCUCCAAAGAUACCUUAACGAUAAUUUCCUUGCCAAGAAUGGGUCGACACCGGCUGGAUUCUACAACACCCCAGCCUCCAUGACUCCUGGAAUGCCAGGCCCGCUAUUCCGAUUAAAGACUGGCACAGAAUCAGCCACUCCAUCCGUCAACGCGGUAAUCUCACGGAAUCUCUUGCGAUUGGCGGCUUUACUCGAUGACCCUGAAUACGUGACUCUAACGCGACAGACUCUGAACUCGUUCUCCGUCGAGAUCAUGCAACACCCCUUCCUAUUUGUUGGGCUGUUAGAUGUGAUUGUCGGUCUGCAGACCGGUACUCGCACUGUCACCGCAGUCUUUGCGACCGCCGAUAUUUCGAAACAACCUGUGCCGCGUGGCGAUGGCCUUAUCAGUAAUAGAAACCGACCUGUGUCUGCGCAUGAUCUCCUUCGACAGCGGCUUCGGAAAGAGACCGGCGCUGGAGUAUCUUCUACUGUCGCGGUCGCAUCUCUGGUGGAUAUACGGCCUUCCCACGUGAAGGACUUUGUGGGGAAUCAAUCCUUCUGGUUGAAGUCACGAAACCCUCUGUACAAAGAUUUGAAGGCUGCCGACCCAGCGAAAAAUUACUUAUUGAUCUGCGAGGCCGGAUCAUGUAAAGUAGUGGAUCUUUAA